UCAUUGCACAUUUUGUCAAUAUUAAUCAAAUAUAUGGAAGCUGUAAACCAAACAGGUAUUUCAGAAUUCUUUCUCAUGGGACUAACUGAACUGCAACCCUUCAUCUUCAACUUGUUUCUGUCCAUGUACCUUAUCACCAUCAUUGGAAAUCUACUCAUUGUACUGGCUGUAAGCAGAGAUUCCCGCCUCCACACCCCCAUGUACUUCUUUCUAUGCAAUCUCUCUUUUACUGAUAUCUGUACAAGCACGACGACAAUACCAAAGCUGCUGUUGAACAUCCAAGUACAAGACCAGAACAUCUCUUACAUAGGCUGCCUGUCCCAGGUGUGUUUUAUCUUGAUAUUUUGUGUUUUUGAAAGCUGCCUCCUCGCUGUGAUGGCUUAUGACCGCUAUGUGGCAAUUUGUCAGCCUCUGAGAUACACAAUCAUUAUGAACCCUUUCUUUUGCCUCUUCCUAGUAUUUCUUUCUCUGCUCGCCACCACUAUAAAUGCACUACUCCACACUCUUCUGAUACUGCCACUGUCCUUCUGCACAAGGCAGGAUAUCCCCAACUUCUUCUGUGAACUUGGGCAGGUCACCAAGCUUGCUUGCUCUGAUACAUUUAUCAAUGUUCUUUUUAUUUAUAUUGCAACCACUGUAUUUUCUGUUAUCCCCCUCUCUGGAAUUAUUUUCUCUUACAUUCAAAUUGUGUCUGCUGUUCUGAAGAUCUCAUCAGCUGGUGGAAGACAUAAAGCUUUUUCCACCUGUGGGUCUCAUCUUUCAGUGGUAUCUUUAUUCUAUGGGACUGGUUUAAGUGCAUACAUGAGUUCUACAAUUUCUAGCUCUUCUGUUUGCAAUGUAAUAACAUCCAUGAUGUACAGUGUGGUCCCUCAAAUGCUAAAUCCUUUUAUCUACAGUUUGAGGAGCAAAGAAAUCAAGGGAUCCUUGAGGGAGCUCAUUAUUGGGAUCAUUUGCUUUGCAUAG